UCUGUGCGUAGAUCAGCAUUCUCCAUUUUCUCAACAAGCUUACAUAAAAAAUGGAUCUUCAAGACAAAUUUAUAAGAGAUUUUUCCGGAAGAUUUGAUGUGCCUCAAAGCAUAUAUGAAAAAGUCGGCAUGGUGCUUCAUUAUGGUUUAGACGCGUGCCUCAUAAGUGAAAAAAUUAGAAGUAAUGUGAAGAUACGUGAUCCUACGUACGAUAUCGCGUGUAGUAAGGAUUACUACAUGGAGUACCUAGAUAUACAAAGUUCGGACAUGUUCAUUAUAUACGACGUAAGAAACCAUCGCAUUCAAAACAGUCUAAACAAUUCGACCAUGCGCCAAAUGAGUAUUCCACCGAUUAAUCAGAAUAAGCUAGACAAAAUCGUCGUAAAGAAGUUAAUACCUGAAGGCACCUUUGAUAAUGCAAAAUGCUUACUGUGCCAAGUACUUAUUCCAUUUCGGGAAUGCCUGGUCCUCGACUGCGGCGACAAAGCUGCCAAAUGGAUACUUAAAUAUUUUAAAAACACGAAUUUCCGUUUGGGGUAUUUCAUACGCUAUGUGCAACAAGAAGAAAAAUUUUGGAAAAAUUUCGAUUUGAUUUACAGAGUGUAUAAUGUUCAAAAGAACUCGGUGAAAAGUAAUUACAUCAAUAUUAUGUCACUGGCAACAGCGAAGCACCUUUAUCAGGAUAUGUAUAAGUAUAUAAUAGAGAACUGUUUAGAUAAUCUCAUUAUAAUUGAUGUAAAUAUAGAACCUUUCCAAGAGCACCGAUGGAAUUGGAUUAAGAUUGACGAUGCCAUCUUUAAAAAAAGGAGUCUGAUACCAAAUUCUAUAGAUAGUUACAACUCGGUUGACGAAUUAAAGGAUAUGCUAUGGAAAUGGCAAUAUAACAAUUUAAUGACCGAAUGGGAAAUGUGUUCCGCGGGAUGCAUAAAUAUUGGUCAGGAAGUGCAGGUUCAUUUGUCUACGGUGGAUAAUAAUAUACCAAUAUUGGAAAAUAUUAAACGUUAUUGUUUAGCCCAUCAAUCGCAAGGAAACUGAAAAUCUCUAAAAAUGUAAACAUUUGCAGAAAUGCACACAUGUGAAUCUUAUCGUCCAACUAUUUAUUUUGGCUGGAAAACAGUUCUAAAGAUGAAAAUAUCUCUUCAAAAAAAAUUUGAUUUUUUAUAUUUUGCUAAUAUUCUUAAAACUAUAAGAGAUAUUGAAAAAAGGCUCUUGGCCCUUUUUCACAUACAUAACUUCCGCAAAACUCUAAUAUAAGUAAUAUAAAGAUCUGAAUGUAACUUUUAGUAAAGUUUAGUGUAACUUUUUAGUAAAGUUUAGUGUAACUUUGUUGCUGUAUCAACAGAACAAAAAAUUUAUAUUAUUGUAUUACGUAAAUUUAAUAUUAAUGUAAAGAAGGAGGGUCCCUAAGGCCGGUUUUUGGCACACUCUGAAAUUGAUCCAAAAAUAUUAUAUUUUUGUCAGAACUAUUGAAGUAAAGUGAUUUUAUUCUAAAUAUUUUGACAUAUUUUGGUGCCUGCUUAUACUAUAAUUCUAAUUGAUCUCAUUUUUAUCACCAACGCUCUUAUGUCACUUACAUAUCAUCUCCUUACAUUUGUGUGUGUGUGCGCUCAAUACUGCGAAAACACUAUUUGUAGAUAUUUGGCAAUAUGUUAUUUUUUUUAAUCAUAGUGCUCGCUAUGGGAUCAUUUUUUUAUAGGUUAAUUAUCGUGCUAUAAUGUCAUGUUGAGAUUCACUGAAAUAUAUACUAUCUGGAAGCAGCACUGACGCGAGGGAAGAAUAGCACGAUCCUUGGGUGCGCUCCAUCCUUGUCGUAUACUCCCAUUAGAAAACUUAAGAGUAGAUAAGUUGAUUGAACGAUAAAAUAAUAUCAAAAAAUAUACGCAUAUAUUUGAAUUUAAGAAUUGUCUUCAUUAUCG